CGGCCCAGCGUGAGGCGCGCUGGCUGGUUCAACUCCGGACGCCUCGCGGACACCAGCAGCGGUCCAGGUCGCACCAGCACAGGCCCACGGGUUCCCCGCCGCUUGCUCUGUCGCUGUUCUUGCCGCCGCUUUAAAGCCAGCGGGAUGCGCACCACCGGCAGGGGCUCAUCAGGACUGCGGAUCGCCAGGUCCCGCCGGGGCGCCAGGAGCAACCGAGCUGCGAGCGACAGCAGCCGCACAUGCCGGCCCAGAGCCAUAGUCUCUGUGGUGCAGAAGAGGCGCACGUCGGUGACGUCACAGACGCGCCACGGCCUCGCGUACGGUGGCUGACGCGGCCCACUUGAGACUUGCAGAGCGGAAGAAGCGUGAGGAAGGAGAGAGGAUCUGUAGAGUUCAGCUGUGAGGCUGUAGCAGAGGAGGAAUGAUUGUGAAUAGCCUUUCUCUGUGCUACCACAACAAAUUAAUUUUAGCCCCGAUGGUUCGGGUAGGAACUCUUCCAAUGCGACUGCUGGCCCUGGAUUAUGGAGCAGACAUUGUUUACUGUGAGGAGCUGAUUGACCUCAAGAUGAUUCAGUGCAAGAGAGUUGUCAAUGAGGUACUUCGCACGGUGGACUUUGUCGCCCCUGAUGAUCGAGUAGUUUUUCGCACCUGUGAAAGAGAACAGAACAGAGUGGUCUUCCAGAUGGGGACUUCCGACGCAGAGCGAGCCCUUGCUGUGGCCAGGCUUGUAGAAAAUGAUGUAGCUGGUAUUGACGUCAACAUGGGUUGUCCAAAAGAAUAUUCCACCAAGGGAGGAAUGGGAGCUGCUCUGCUGUCAGACCCUGACAAUAUUGAGAAGAUCCUCAACACACUUGUUAAAGGGACAUGCAGACCUGUGACCUGCAAGAUUCGCAUCCUGCCAUCGCUAGAAGAUACCCUGAACCUUGUGAAGCGGAUAGAAAGGACUGGCAUUGCUGCCAUUGCAGUUCAUGGGAGGAAGCGGGAAGAGCGACCUCAGCAUCCUGUCAGCUGUGAAGUCAUCAAAGCCAUUGCUGAUACCCUCUCCAUUCCUGUCAUAGCCAACGGAGGAUCUCAUGACCACAUCCAACAGUAUUUGGACAUAGAAAACUUUCGACAAGCCACAGCAGCCUCUUCAGUGAUGGUGGCCCGUGCAGCCAUGUGGAAUCCAUCUAUCUUCCUCAAGGAAGGUCUACGGCCUCUAGAGGAGGUCAUGCAGAAGUACAUCAGAUAUGCAGUACAGUAUGACAACCACUACACCAACACCAAGUAUUGCUUGUGCCAGAUGCUACGAGAACAGUUGGAGUCGCCACAGGGAAGGUUGCUCCAUGCUGCCCAGUCUUCCCGGGAAAUUUGUGAGGCAUUUGGCCUCAGUACCUUCUAUGAGGAGACCGCGCAGGAACAGGAUGCCCGGCGGGCCAGGCUCUUGACUAGGACUUCAGAGGAGGCAGAGGAACCAGCUGAAGACAUUUCUGGUGUCAUCAAGAUGUCUGUCAAGUUUGACCGGAGAGCAUACCCUCCCCAGAUCACUCCCAAGAUGUGCCUGCUAGAGUGGUGCCGGAGGGAGAAAUUGGCACAGCCUGUGUAUGAAACGAUUCAACGACCUCUAGAUCGCCUGUUCUGCUCUGUUGUCACUGUUGCUGAGCAAAAGUACCAGUCUACCUUGUGGGACAAGUCUAAGAAACUGGCAGAGCAGGCUGCAGCCAUCGUCUGUCUGCGGAGCCUGGGUCUCCCUGAGGGUCGGCUGGGUGAGGAGAGCACUUCCUUGCACAAAAGAAAGAGGGAGGCCCCUGACCAAGACUCUGGGGGUCCCAGAGCUCUGGAGUCAGCACAACCUGGGGAGCUGUGCAAGAAACCUUUUGUGACCUUGAGAAGUGGUGAAGAGAGCCCCCUGGAAGGCUGGUGACUACUGUUCCUGUGCUGGUUACCCUUUCCAAGGGCCUGGCCCUAAGGUGGCUGUAGGUGCCAGAGCAUGAACCAGAUGCUAUUGGACAAUUUGCUGGCCCUGCCUGGCAGGAGUUAGAAGUCCUUGCCUGGGUCAUCAGCCUGGAGCACGGGCCAGGGGAUGCUCAGAGGUGAUGCCUAGUGUUGGAUCCUGUCUCCUUUGGCAGGUCUGGGUGGCGGGUCAAGUUCUUUUUGAAAACAGGAGCUUUUCAGGUGGCACUUUCCCAACCCGACAUUGGUACAGUGCAAUAAAGAUACCCCCCACCCUCACCCAUGGCUGGCUGUUUCAGCCUUGGGCAUCUUUAUACACGGA